AUGGACCUACUAGCAUUCAAAGAGCGUUUAGCAAACACUCUAAUUUCAUUAGGAAGAACAAAAUCAUUAAUAACUCCUCCAAAGAAAAGAGGCCGACCUAGUACAACACCAUCUCCAACUCCUGAACCUGAAGUACAACCAGUUAGAACCAAACCAAGAUCUGUAGAUUCAACUCCAUAUGAAGAAACCAUAAAAGAUGGAUUAGAUCAUAUGCCUACUUUUGACUACAAACUAAAUAGUAGUAGAUGUAAAAAUAGACCAUGCAAAUUCAAGGCAAAUGUUUAUUUUGACAAAUGUAAUAUACAUUUAUGUUUUGUUUACGUCAUAAAUAUAGUGUUCGCGCCACGCGAAGUAUCUAUUCUAUAA